AAGCUGAUCCACUUUAACUUUCUCAGAGACAGUAAUAACAACCCGUCAGUAAGAGGUUUAUUCCCUGCCUGAAGCUCACCUCCGUGUCCGUGGACUGUAGGACUUAAAACGGCCGUGAUUUUCAAGGAGAAGAGACAGAGCCGCUUUUUAUUCUGGGGGUCUGCAGGGGAACAACAACAAUAGUGUUUGUCCCAGAUGAUGGUGGUGAUGAUGAGCUCACGGCUGGCUCAACGGGCCCGUUUCAGAAGAGUCAGGAAACAAAUGGAGCCUGAGAGCAGAAACAGAUGUUGGAGGAUCAGCCUCCUCCUCUUCUUCCUCCAUGGUUGAUUGCAUCAUCAGAGUGUCCCAGAUUCCCAGAAUGCUGCUUCCAGGAAAGAUCUCCAUCAUUUUGAUGCCACAUUCCUGAAGUUUGUACAGACCUCAGAGGACCAGACAGCGAACAGUGAUCAGAUUUUUUCAUCCUUUGAUGCAGUGUUUGUCUGGACAUGGCUUUUCUGUCUAGGAGAGAAAAACUGUGAGCUGAUUUGAGGCCAGUGCCUUUUUUCUCUCACCCCUGAGUCACAUGUCAGCCUGAGAAGCUGCUACCUCUACAGUGAGAGACCAAAAUAUUUGCCUUGGAGAAUCAACCCUGAGUGUUGACAGAGGUGUGAAAUUGUGAGUUUAGUUGGAUUUAUCUGAAUACUUUUGAACCAAAAUGCCAGCAAAGACACCCAUCUACCUAAAAACUACAACCCCUAAGAAAGGCAAGAAGCUGAAGCUGCGGGAUGUCCUCUCGGGGGACAUGAUCAGUCCCCCACUGGGCGACGUUCGUCACAGCGCGCAUGUAGGACCUGAAGGCGAGGGGGACAUGUUUGGAGAUGUUGGUUUCCUCCAGGGUAAGAUGGACAUGCUGCCAUCUCUGAGUAAACCGCAGAACGGCCACACCCGUUCGCACAGCGUGGAGAGACAUGUUGAUGUGGACUUCACAGCCAAACAGGAGCCACAAAACUACGCCUACAAUGGCUUCCACUACCAGCACUCCUUCAACGGGCUGCUGAAAAACACUGUUUCCAUGCCGGUUUGCAUCGCCCACGAGCAGGCCCCGCCCAAACCACCACGCCUCCACCUGGACGACCCUACCCCUCCUUCUGUGCAUCCUCAGCAGCAUCCUGAGCCGAGCCACAGACGGGCAAACGAUAGCCAGCAUCAGCCCCCAUCGCCUGGUUUGGCUUCAGAGCCCUGCAGAGACAUCUCCGUCCCCCCCACCAUGCGCAGGCUCGUCCCAUCCUCCGGCUCCUUCUCCGAAGUCUCCUCCGAAGACUCGAUGUCGGAGACCUGCGGACCUCCUGAUGUUCACCGGGGCCUCAGCCUGGAUUUUGAUGCUGGCCUGAGCAAUGAGGAUCUGAGGAGCGAGAGCAGUGACUCACCCUGCACCGCCUUCCAUCCAGCGGCCAUCACAGCCUCAUCUGGGGUGCCACGGUCCGACUCCAUGGCCAGGUUGGACCUGGAUCUGGGCCCGUCCAUCCUGGAGGAUGUUCUGAGUAUCAUGGACCGCUAUAAGACUGAAGACGACCGCUGUGAGCUGUGAAAACAGAACUGUGAUGCAGACAUUUUUAUACAUCUUCAGAUAAAUGUUGUGAGAAUAACAGAUGGAGGGAUUCAUGGAUGUAUUAUGAAAUUUUAUGAAGUGCAGAACUGUUGCUGCUUAAGACACUUCUUCAGAACCUGAACCCAUUAUGAACCCUGACACAUAACUGCCUCCAUCUAAGAGCAGAGCACUUCUUGUCCCUUUCCUGCUCUUUUAAUGGUUAAAUAUGUGGUAAAUAUUCCCAGACUGACCUGGGAAUAUUAAACAGCUGCACAUGUAUUAUUAGAAACUACGCUGGACAUACAUUUCCACAGCAGAGCUUGUAUUAGACUGGCUAAUCAGACAGAGCUUCAUGCCAUCUUCUCUCUAAUAAUGGUUCUCAGAGCUGCAGACGAAAUGUGACAAACUUUUGAAGUUAUUUUCUUAGACUUCUGUCACUGCCUACUGUUGCUAAACAGCACCUACAUCUUUCUGACAUGUUUUUUUAUCAGAAAGAAACUCAGGAUGUUUUUGUUUUCAUUUUUGAUGGUUUAGAAGCUUUAAGUGUAAGAAAAAUGCUGCUUUUUGCAGAUCACUUCUGUUUAAAAUUCCCUCCUGUGUGGAGGUUCUCUGUCAGCCUCCCAAACAUGAACGUUCUUCCUUAUCACAGUAGCCUACCAUUGAAAUGUCAUUUAUUCUGUAAAUAUCCCUGUAAAUCUAAAAUAAAGAUAUUUCUUAUAAAGAAA